AUGAAAGGCUCAAAGCUACAAGCACCAGAAACACCCCCGCCGCCACCACCCUACGAAGCCCACGCUCGGCCCGAUCUCAAUGCAGCCUUUUCCAGGCUCAACCUGCAGGCGAAAACUUCUCGACCUUCGCCAGAUGAAUGUCUGGCUCAUCUAAAGUUACUCGAGGCUUUUCACAGGCUCAGGCAGAGUAUCGCUUUCGGUAGUGGACUAUUCGGGAUCAAAGAUGACGGGCCGGACUGGCAGCUUGCUCAGCGUCGCGAAAAGAGAUGGGCAGUCUACGUAGCUCGGGCUGCGUAUCGCUUCGGGAGGUGGUGGAGCCAAUGCGACCUUCAAGGAGGGCGUCAAUUGACAAUGGGGGACUUGUCAGCCCUUAGCCAGGAAAGCUUGGUGAAAGGCAGCACACUGCACUUUGAUCACAACAAUAUUCCUCCGCUAGAUGUCAUAUUGGUGUGGCAUGCCUAUCAACUCAAUCCCAGGAAUUUCCUAGAGGAUUGUUUGCGCUAUGGGAAAACAACACUCUGGAGGUCCGGCUUGCCGUGGUCCAUCAUUGAUGCAUGCAUCAACAACAGCACUUUCGCUUUCAACGCACCCGAGAGAGCCAAGGACUGGUUCAAGAAAACGACCGGUCAAUGCUGGGACAAUCUUGACAACCCUAACUCAACACUGGUCACGUGUGCAAGCCGCGCCUGUAUGCAGUCGAACCUUGUACCUUGGACGACGAGCGAUGUGGAUGGCAGCCCACAAGUAGGGGACGGGGUAGCAGACAAGAACUUCCGACACACUUGCGUACAAUGUUAUCUCAUAAUGGACAACGACACGCUACGGCUGAGGAAACUCCGAGAUGAUAUCGUGGCCUUGAAGAGUAGCAAUGUACCUUUGCCCGGCACAAUACUCAAUCGAGACGGCACACCCGCAAUCCCCACGAAGGUCCACGAACCGAGGGCACUCUACCCAAACAAAUUCAUCAUGACCAAAAGACCGGCCUCAACUACGCUUCACGGCCAACAAGUGUCCCUUCCUUCACUUUAUGAUGAUCUGCUUGGCGCCAUAGAGCACACAAUCUCCACCUGCGGCUCCUUCUCCAUAGUCCGCGACGAGAUACAGAAGCAUCUUCCCAAAGACCUCCACCGCGACGAGCGCGUCGCAGUCCGCAAGAUGAUGUCCAACUACUGGACGAACUCCUCUCCGUUCUCCAUCGACCUCAUCGGCGCAGUCAUCAGACAAGGUUCUUUCAUCGACAAAAUGCACAACUUCGACUGGCUGCACGCCCCCUCCGCGCCAUCCGUCCUCAAUCGCUUCAUCGCCAAAUACGAGCGCUUCAUCUGGAUCACCAAGCUCAGCGCCAAGACAAGCAACCGGGUCGCUGUCCCGACUCUCGACGUCGACCUCGUCUGGCACACGCACCAACUCUCCCCACCCUCUUAUUACACUUACACGCUCGCGCAAACCAGCAAGUUCAUCGACCACGACGACAAAAUCGCCUCCACCAAGCUCUCCACCUCCUUCAAAUGGACGUCUGAAAUCUAUCAGAAAAAGUUCGGCGACACGUACUCCGAGUGUCUGUGCUGGUACUGCCAAGCGACUCGCGAACAGCACACGUCCUCCGUUCGACGGCUUUUCGGCGCUCCCUCUCGCCCCACCACCACGACCAGCGACAUGGACGGCGUGCACAUCUCCGCUCACAGCUCCAUCACGGCCGACACUACGAUCGCGCACGCCACGCGCGAGGCGAAAGUCUCCGCCGACCUGGCCAAAGCGUACGAGAAAGUCGCGCAGCGGGCGCGAAAACGAGGGGAAGAGCCCCCACCCCGACCCUCAAAGCAAGAAAAUCAGUCCGUCAUGGCCUGGGAUGUGCCCCUCUAUCUCACUUACGCGCCAUAUAUGCCUGACCCCUACUCACCCCAACAAAAUGACCACCCAAUCGCCAUCUCAGUCCACCACCCCAACGGCGCCGACCUCACCCAAAACAUCAGCAUAUACCACCUCCCGCAACCCCACCACGGCGCACUCACCAAAAGAAUGGGCGCCAUCAUAACCUGCGACACCGCCCGCAACGGCAAGGAGUACCGCACGAUCGCCUCGCGCUGCGUGCGGCCCUCGGUGCAGCCCUGGACGUGCACGGCCGCCGCGACCUCCGACACGCAAUUCCCCGUCGACGACAUCACGGACGACAUCAGCGACCAAAUCGUCAGCGACGGCGCCUGCAACGCAGACCAGAUCUGCGUCGACGGCAUCCAAGCCCCCGGGUACCUGUACAACAUGGCCUACUGCCUCGCGGUGGACACGGCGAAUAAAAUCGCUGCCACCGUGGAUCGCGCGCAGUUUGCCGGCCAGGGCAGGGUGGCUGCUUAUCUUAGCAGCAGCAAGAGCGGGGGACUGAAGGCGGUGGAGGCGGUGUUCAGCGGCAAGGACAUUACGGAUCCGAUUACGUUGAAGAGUCUCAGGGUCGAGGGCCAGAAGAAUACGUAUAGUGGGGCUUUUGCCACGCGCUGGCAGACGGUGCAGAGCAAUACGUGUCAGCAGUGUACGAGUCUCGGGUUGCAGCCGGUGCAGGAUUCGGUGUCGGCUUUGAGGGUUUAUGCGGAGUUUCCGGAUGCUUUUGAGGGGGCGACUAUGUUUGUGAAUUCUUUGUGA